UAGCAAGUACUCUGCUGACAUCUUAUCUUCUCCCCAACCGUUAUCCCUUUCCUCCUCUCUUCUAUUUAAUAUUACUCCUCUAUUUCUCUGAUCCCCUUCUACUCCUUUUACCUCCCUCCACUUUCCUCGAAACCUCUCCUUUCACUCCUGCUCUUCGCACCUCUCCCUCUCUAUCCUUUGUUCCUUAUUCCACUCCAUAUUCCGUAUAACUUCGUCCUCUUUUCCCUCCCACGUUCUCCCCAACUUCUCUUCGGAAAUUUUUUACCGUUACAUUUCUAUUCUCCUUUUUAAACCCUUCACACUUUAGUCUUUAUUCCCCUGCCAAAUCUCAGAGGAAUCCCUCUUUCUUACCGCCAUUUAUAGUCUUUGUUCUCCCAAAAAAUGGAUGAUCUUGUUACCUCGUUUUAUCCCCAGGGAUAGUUGAAAGAAGCAGGGCAGCAGAGAUUUAGUCGAAUCCAUCGUCAAGCUUCCACCUUUCCGUCACCGGAAUUAGAGAUACCCCUCCAAAUACCCAAAGAGAUGACCAAGCCGCGCACUUUAAGGGUCUUCUGGAACGAUCCCGACGCCACCGACUCCUCUGGCGACGAUGAGUGCUGCUCCUCCGGCCGCCGCAUCGGGCGGCUGGUCAGGGAGAUUGCAGUGGACCCUUGCUCUGCCACGGGCGCCGGCGUCGACGAAGGGGUAGCUCUGCCGUGCCGGACCCGGCCAGUAAGAUGUGGAGCGAGGAGGAAGGCCGCGGCGGCCGUGGGGGACACGAAGUUCCGCGGCGUCCGGCGGCGGCCUUGGGGGAAGUACGCGGCGGAGAUCCGCGACCCUUGGCGAGGCGUCCGGGUGUGGCUCGGCACUUACAACACCGCCGAGGAGGCCGCCCUGGUCUACGACUCCGCCGCCAUCCAGCUCCGCGGCCCCGGCGCCACAACCAAUUUCUGUCCCUCCACCUUCACCGGCGCCGCCUCCGCGGCCCAGACCUCGCCGGAGGCCAAACCCGCCUCUGUCUCCGGCGUCUACGAGUCCGGCGACGAGUCGCGCGGCGUCUCCUCACCGACCUCCGUUCUCCGGGGGUUGUCUUCAGCGUCGUCCUCGUCCGAGGAGAAGGGCGGCGUCAAGACUGGGCCCGCGAGGUUACCAGAGAACAUGGAGGACUUCUCGGCGUUAGAAGACGAGGCACUCUACGGUGCAUUCUUGGACUUGGGGGCGCCGGAGCCGAGGAUUUUGGAGGACGCGGCGGGGAUCGGGUUUUUGACGGACGAGAUGAACGAGGGCGUUCUCCAAUCGGGGUGGGACUUCGGAUCGACACCUUGGCCGGGUGACGACUGUUUCCACGAGAUCGACGAUUUAUUCCCGCUCGACCCCUUCCUAAUAUAAUAUGAUAACUGCCGCUUUUGUGGCGGAGGGAAAACGCGGCGGGCUUGUUUUUUUUACUUUCCUUUGGUUUAUAUGUUUCUAGAGUAUUAAAAUUUUGAUAUAUUUUUCCCUUAGCUGUAUUAAGAAUUUGCGAUAAAGUUGGACUUCAUGGAAACAUUGUAUGCUGGAGUUAAUCUUCCACUUGAUUUGCCUUCAAAUGCUGUUCUAUGCAUCUUAUUUGUCAAUGUACAUCUUCAUAUAAUAAUAUCUAUUCCCACCAAAAUCCUA